AUGUUUGUGACGCGUUCAGAAUAUGAUCGGGGUGUCAAUACCUUCUCGCCUGAGGGUCGUCUAUUCCAAGUCGAAUAUGCGAUUGAGGCCAUAAAGCUCGGAUCGACGACGGUUGGCGUCAGCACGCCGCACGGGGUCGUUCUUGCCAUCGAGAAGCGUGUCCAAUCACCCCUGCUGGAAUCAAGCUCGAUAGAGAAGAUAAUGGAGAUUGACCGACACCUUGGCUGCGCAAUGUCUGGCCUCGUCGCCGACGCACGAACGAUGAUCGAUCAUGCGCGAGUGACAGCCCAAAACCACGCAUUCACGUAUGACGAAAACAUCAAGGUGGAGAGCGUCACACAGGCGGUUUGUGAUCUGGCCCUGCGGUUUGGAGAGAGUGUACACGACGAGGAGGCUAUGAUGAGUCGACCAUUCGGUGUUGCAUUGUUGAUUGCUGGGAUUGAUGAGAAGGGCCCACAAUUGUAUCAUACAGACCCGUCAGGGACAUUCAUGCGAUAUGACGCGAAAGCUAUAGGAUCUGGAUCAGAGGCCGCGCAGAGCGAACUCCAAGAUAAAUGGCACUCGCAAAUGACCCUUCAGGAAGCCCAGGUCUUAACACUGCGGGUACUGAAGCAAGUAAUGGAGGAGAAGCUGGACCAUCAUAAUGUUCAGGUAGCUCAGGUAACACCCGAGAAGGGCUUCGAGAUCUUGAACGAAACACAAUUGAAAGACGUUAUCGAAACUAUGUAA